UUUUAUUCGAAUCCGAGAUUGCAAGCAGUGGUAUCGCAGGAUUCGGAUGAACGCUUCGCUGUCUAGUAUCGGCGGAAGCCAUCAUGCUACUAACUUUCUUUCUGGUCCAUCUUUCGCUGGUCGUGGUGUACCACCUCCGAAUUCCGGUGGCAUUUAUCCAUCUAAUGUAACUCACACUAGGUCUGUGCAUCUCCAACCAGCGAGAAGACAUUCGGUACCGUAUCUUGGCCAAAAAAAUCAGAGUCGAGACGAAAAUGACUGUCCUGUGGCAGCUCGCCCUCCACCGACACAGGCGGUAAGUGGUAAAAAUCACAGUGUGGAUAAUUCUCUCUGGCAGGAAUCUCAACCCGUUUGGCACCCAACCGUCUCAGCGCCUGCAACUUGCACGACAGCUUCUUCGCAACAUGGUCACUCUUCAAUCGUCUGGCCAGCCAUGCAAGCGGACACUCCUUACCAACGAAAUCCUGAAGGACCUUUCUAUAGGCACCAACGUCCACCAUUCGUUCCCUUGGACAACAUAUCAGAAGCAGGUAUACCUAAUUGCCACAACUUUCUUCCUUUUUAUCUGCUUCCCGACACCGAAUUGCAAGGCAUCAAUACCUCAAUGACUUCGAUUUCCACGACUCCCUGCAACAGCGGGACGCAAAACACAGCACCCGUUAUUGGCGAAAACGCUGAUCGUGAUAUGCAGUAUGAGCGACCUUUUUUGAUGACGGUUAAUGACGGAUGAACAUGACCUAUUUGCCACUGAAGGCCUCCAACAUCAUCGAUCAUUGCCAGCAAGUCCUUCAAACGACGAGCCUCCGUUACUGGUGGGAGU